GUGUGAGGAUAAAGAUAACCACCCUCCCCCCCUCCUUCACUCUCUCUCGGUCUAUUGAGCAUUGCGGCUAGGGUUUCAGUAAACCCUACUAUCUCUUCUCCUCUUCUGUUAUCACCGACUGCGUAGAUCUGUCAAUUUUAUUAGCUUUAAUAAUGAUUACGAAGUUGGACUAAGAGUUGAUUUGUGACUAAUCUGAAAGCGAGGGGUUUUGCAUUUGCUGCUGCGGGGAACAAUGGCAACACUGAACCCGUUUGAUUUGCUAGGUGACGAUGAUGCUGAGGACCCAUCGUUGUUGAUUGCUGCUCAGCAGCAGAAGAACGAGCCCAAAGCUCCAUCGGUUAAGCCUGCGGCGGCCAAGCAGCCGCCGUCGCAAAAUAAGUCGGUUGCUGCGCAGCCUAAGCUCCCAUCCAAGCCUCUUCCCCCAUCUCAGGCUGUCAGAGAGGCAAAAUCUGAAUCUGCACGAGGUGGCCGUGGUGGUGGCCGUGGAUAUGGGCGUGGUCGUGGUGGGCCCUUUAGAGACUCAACCAACAAUGAGAAUUCAUAUGGCAACAGAGAAAUACAAGUUGGUCAAGGUGCUCCUGAUGAGGCUGAUGCUGGGAAACCUUUUGAAAGGCGUGGUGGAUAUGGUGGACCUCGUGGUGCUUUCCGUGGUGGUCGCCGAGGUGGCUUCAGCAAUGGAGAAGUUGGAGAAGGUGAUCGCGACCGUCUUCGUAGGCCAUUUGAUCGUCGUAGUGGAACUGGGCGCGGAAAUGAGAUGAAAAGAGAAGGAGCUGGCAGAGCGAACUGGGGAACGCAUACUGAUGAACUGGCUGAAGUGACAGAGGAAGUUGUUAAUGAAGGUGAAAAAUCUCUGAAUGUGGAGAAGCCCUCAGGAGAUGAGGAUCCUCCAGCGGAUGGAGACAAGGAAGCUGCAACUACUGAAGUUGAAGAGAAACCUGAGGAUAAGGAGAUGACACUGGAAGAGUAUGAGAAGCUUCUGGAGGAGAAAAGAAAGGCGCUGCAGGCUCUUAAAACUGAGGAAAGGAAGGUUGAUGUGAAAGAGUUUGAAACCAUGCAACAACUUGCAAACAAGAAGGCUAAUGAUGAUGUAUUCAUCAAAUUGGGCUCUGAUAAGGAUAAAAAGAAAGAGUUGGCUGAGAAAGAAGAGAGAGCCAAAAAGUCUGUCAGCAUCAAUGAGUUCUUGAAGCCUGCUGAGGGUGAGGCCUACUACAAUCGUGGCGGUCGUGGUAGGGGCCGUGGUCGUGGUUCUAGAGGAGGUUAUACUGGAGGCAGUAAAAUGGGCAAUGCUGAAGCACCUGCAAUUGAAGAUCCAGGCCAGUUCCCUACUUUAGGUGGGAAGUGAGAUAUUUCCUUGUUUUGCUUCUGCCAUGUUAUGUCAGUGUUCUAACCGGUUGGGCAGGAGUUAACUGGAAUAAUGGAGUUUACUGUAUUAAAAGCUUCCUAAAGUUUAUGCUUAAAAUGUACAUCACUGUCAUAUGCUUAAAAUGUAUAUCAGUGUCCUCUGUGUGAUCCCCGUGUAGCAUUUUUCCAGUGCCGUGCUCUGUUUUCAAGCUUUUCUAGGGCAUAUGAACUACUUAUGACUCCUCAUAUUUGAUGCUCAGUUUUGUCUGCAUAUGGAAGAGGCGCUUUCUUCA